UUUCCAUCUGUGGACACGUCGGUCGGUCGGCGGAGGUUUUCCCGAGCGAUACCACAGCCAAAAAAAGGAAAAAAGAGAAAUAUCCAACGUGAAAAAAGACAACCGUGUUGGUGUGUGCGUGCGUGUUUGUAUUGGUUAGCUCAUAAAAGAUUCAACAGCCUGCCGAGCUAAAAAAUAAAUAAAAAUAUAACAACGUGUGUUAAGCAAAACAAAAAAAUUUGAAAAAUUAUAUAUAAAUAGCCAGGGAGAAACAGCAAAAAUUAAUGCUAAAAUGUGUUAAAUAAAUAAAGAAAUAAAGAAGGUGAGAGGCCAGGGCUUCAAUAAAAAAGAAAGCGAACCAGGCUAAAAUGAAAUUAAAACAAUCAAAUUUCGGAUGAAACAAAAAUUAACAACAUAAAAUUCGACAAGAGCAGUAAAAAGGAGCCUCGUUCCGUCUCUUUCUCGCUGGCUUUCUUUUCUUGGAGUAGUCCCCGAAUGUAACGGUGCAGCCGUCGUCUUUAAGCGCCACUUGAUGCCAUCGUGACACACAAAAGAGAAUCCAUUGAAAAGGCAAUUGACGAGGAGGAGGAGGAGUGGGACCAGGAGACGAGGUAACCAGGGGGCGACGGCGAUGACACUGACGCAUCCAAAAACGUCGCCACCCAGAUGACGGGCAGGGGGGCAUCAGCAGGAGGAGCCGGAACACCACAGCCCCGAGGACAAAACAAACCGAUCAACGUGUCAAAGCGUCGAGUAGAAUGCAAAUAGGCGCCAAGAACAAGCACAGCAGCCACAGCAGCAACAACCGCCUCCAACCACCAGAUCCCGAGUCUGAGCCAGAGCCACCACCUAGCAUCCAACUGGGCCAACAUGGCGGAUGCGGACGAUAGCAAGAGUGGUGACAGCGGGAGUGGCGCCGAAUCCCUGCAGCUGCUGACCAAACUGGACAAGGCCGUCUCCACCAACGAUGUGCUGCUGGAUCUCCAGCGGGCCCUCACCUACGAGGCUGUCUUCAGCACCCUGGUGGAGCACAAGAUGCAGGCCCUCAAGCGGGAUUAUGAGGAGCACAAGCGGGCCAAGCGACGCAAGCGGAAGUCCAUCGGUCGCAUUUUUCUGCCCAGGAAGCUCUUUGGCAGCUCCAGUCGCCGUUCCAGCAGGGAGGACACCCCGCCACCGGAGGAGCACCAAUCUCCACCAGCCACUAGUACUAGUGGCGGCAAGACCAAGGCCAAGACAAAAGCCAAGGGCCGGGCGGAUGAGAUUGAGGAGGCCUCUGGCUCCUUGGCCAGUUUGCAGCGAUCUCAUCCGAAGCGGCCGGAGAACCUGGAGGACAGCCUAGCCAGCACACUGAGCAAUUCCUCGGAAGCCCAGCACCGGCAGCAUCGGCAUAGCCAUAGUUUACUGGUUCGAGCCCAGACCCACACGCCGGCACACCAGGUGGUGGACAUGGAUGCGGAGCGGAGGUCCAUCAGCUCGGUGGAGGAGGGGCAAAGAUCGAGGACCCAGCUGCCCGCCAAACAUUCCACAACGAUCAACGGCGAGUCGGAACUACUGCCCCCGAUCUCCGGACACGACAAUACCUCGACGACUGCCACAGCAACUGCCACAGUGACCGCCACAGGAGGAGGCGCCUCCUCUGGCGCCGGAGGAGUCCUCCACAGCUCCACCUUGGCGGACGACAGCAUGACCGCCUCGCUGCGCGGCAGCCUGGAGAGCCUCUCCUACAGCAGCUCCCGCUGCACCGUCAGUUUCGGUGGAGCGGAGGUGAUUGUCCCCUCCAUGUUGGAGGCGGAGUCGCGGGAGCGGGUGCGACUGGCCAAGCGACUGAGGAUCCUGGAGGCCAAGUCCAUCAGCGCCCAGUGCAGCCCCAUCUUUCCCAGGCACGUGGUGCGCUCGUUUCCGAUGCAGUCGCCUCAACAGGGGCGCCUGCACAUCAAUGUUCCCUCCAGUUUGGCCAAGCCUCAGCCGCAGCUGCAGUUGCAGCAGCAGCAGCAGCAGUUGCAACCCCACGUGGCCUUGGAGAUUGAGACACUGCCCGCUCCGCUGCCCCAGCGAAGGCGACUCCUGCCCAAGCAGAUAUCCUGCACGGAGAGCGGGGCCGCUGGGGACUUUGGAGUGGGCGGACCGGAGGCCUACACCCGGUACUUCUCCCGCCAGAACACCUCGGAGGACAGCGCUAAUGUGACGGUGAGCACGGUGUUGGCCCAGAGCGACUCCCAGUCGCUGCAUGCCACGCCCAGCUAUGCCAAUACGCCCCCGGCAACGGGCAGCCGGAUUCAGGAGCGCCGCAAGUCACGGAGCACUGGACUGCUGGCUGUGCGUCCGCCAUAUGGCAUGGAACCCAGUGCCGUGGUGAUCACCAUGGAGGAGGGAAGCGAGGGCGAGGGCGGGCAGAGGGGCAGGACGAGGACGCUGGUGCCCGACAAGCUGCACCGGAUGACCUCCACGUCGACGGGCUCCAGUGUGGCCGCCACCGGCUGCUGCAGUGCAACGAAGCCGAAGGAGAAGCCGGGCGAAGCCUUCAGGCCCUCCGCCAUGGCCUCCUCCGCGGCAAGGACAACGGCCCAGAGCACGGGCAGCGACGACGAGUACCGCCGCCGGAAGCGGAAGUACAAGCGCCAUCAUCGCUGCUCGGACCCCGCACUGGUCUAUCCCACGCCCAGCGGUCUCCAGCACUACGUGCACGUGCUCGGCAUCAAUCCGGACACUCAGCAGCCCAUACAAUGCCCGUACGGUGAGGACUCGCCCUGCGACCUGCAGCUGGACAUGGACGUGGACUUGGACCUGGACCUGGAUGCCGAUAAAAUCGACGACCUUGAGCAGAUGGUCCCCAGUGGUGGUCAUCAGCGGCAUCGCCGCAAGCAUCGGCAUCGCCACAAAAAACGACAUCGGCACAAAAAACCCAAAAUUCUGGUGCAGGACUUGGACACUGAGGUUGUUAAGGUAAUCGAUCCUCAUGAUCUGUCUCAGCGAGCCCGCUGGACAAUAAUUGCCACCGCCUGUUUAUUGCUACUCAUGUGCCUCAUGUUGAUUGGGGUUACUUUGCGUAUGGCUCCGAUUAUCGAUGAUAUGGUGCGACAGGAGAAUGAGCGGAACAUCCGCGAGAAUCUGGAGCGCACCUGGAUGAUGAGGAACCGCACCGAGUUGAAUCUGCAGCGCCAGCAGAUGGAGAUGCAGAUGCAGAUGCAGACGCAGAUGCAGAUGCAAGGCGUUCCCUGAGCGGAAGGAAGGAAGUGACACCGCUGCAGCAGCGCCAUUUGCGACCGGAAGAGAGAUGUCAGCGCGUGCUGGAAAUGCCAACGGUUGGCAACAGGAACAACAAGUUUGUGGCAGGAAGCCGAAGGACCCUUCUUCCUGCAACCCCCCACAACUCCCCGUUUUCUCCCAUGCCCCCCAAAUCAAAGUUAUGCGCACAAAAGCUACAAAGAAUAACAGAAGAAUCCAAGAAAACGAAACAAAAGAAAUUGUUAACUAAAAAAUACAAAAUAACUAAUUGAGGAUGGAGCACUCCGAAGUGCUCGGCUAAAGCUAAAGUUAAUGCUAAUUGUAGUUAAGUCUGCCCGAGCGGAAAUCACUUGUUUUAUAUCUAACUGAGAGGUAGACUCCACUUAGAGCAAACAAAAUAUAAAAUCAAAAGUGAUGAAGUUUAGUCAAUAGUUAAAAACGUUGUUUAUAGAGUUACUUCGAUGGCAUUUUAAAUGUUAGAUCAGGAACGUUCUGGUACUCAAAUUCGCCCGAAAACAAUUUAUUCAGAUUUAAAAUCACUUGAAAAUGCACCUAAAAGUAUGCCAUAGUAGUUUUUAUUCCAAUAAAAUCCAUGUACAAAACUAGUUUGUACUUUUUUUCACAGUAUAUAUUAGGCAUAUUUUCAGGUGGUUUUAAAACACUAGAGAAUUCUACGUCUGUUCCAAUAUUUGGUAUACAAUAUGUUAUAAACUUUAAAAUUUAAAAUACAAUACUUAUUUUAUUACAAUCUUUUAAUAUUUCAAAAAUAUUAUAUUAUUCUUAUAAGUUAUGACUUCACAACUACAAUUUAAAUGGCGAAAUUGUUUACCAGAACGCACCUGAUUGUCCUGUAAUUAUUGUGCUAGGAUAUGAUCUAGUUGAGGCUGCAGGACGACGCCAAUUGGAGGGAGCAAUUAAGCGAAAGGUUUCGAGUGUUCAGUUGAUUAGCCAAAUGGUUUCAAUUUUUCUUUAGCAGAGUUUUUACACCCCUUGGUUUUCCCACCCAAAAAGAACUCCCCUCCUGAAUGGCGUCGACUGGGCAGCUGGCGAGUGGAAAAAGUUGGUCAAUAGUUACGUCUGAAGCUAAGUUGUUAACUGAAAAGUACUCCUAAGUAAAUGUUAAUAGCAAUAAACAACGGAAAAGUUUUUGUAUCUCUUAGACGACGUUGGAGAAGAGUUAGCUGAGGAGCGCAAGCCGAAGUAUCAAGUAUUCCAAGAACCAUUUUGAGUAAAAAUACGAUUUUCAUAGGUUAACGAUAAUUGUAAAAGCGCAGCAAAGAAACAUUCAAUAGAUUUACUCAUACUUGGAAAACACAACUUGUGCCAAUGACAAAGAAAAACAAAAACCUACAAAAUCCUAAUGAGAACCUGCAGAAAAUGUGUGGCGUAGCGUAAAUUAAUAAACAAUUGAAUUAUAAUAACAAGGAAAGUUAGAUAAUUAGCGGAUCGAUGUGAAAAAAACUGUUACUUAAGUGCAAAACGAGCUUGUUGUCGAAUUAAUUUUUAAAUGGAUUUAAACUAAGUGAAACUAAGCUAAAUGUUAAAUGUUUUUUUAGGUGUUCAAUGUUACAAUUAAUUUGUGGUCAGGCAGCCGAAAUGAGGUCGAAUUGAUUGCCAGCCUUUGCCAAAUGAAUAAUUUUACGAACCUGUGCUAACUCAGUUGCAAAGUUUAACGACAAAAUUUAGCUUGAAGCAAACUUCUAUCGGUUUCAGCCAACUAAAGCUUGAAUACAAAGUUGUGAACUAACUUCCCUGUCCGCCCGUCUCCGUCUCUCAGCCCAAUUACCAAUUAUCCGGAAAUGUAUUUUACAUCGCAAAUGUUUCCUAAUAUUCGCCCGAAUGCACAAGGGCAAUUUGAUAGGUUUUUGGUUUCUGGCGUUAAAUUAAUGUGAGAUCCACAGAUAGGAAUAAUAUUGUUUUGCCCAGCUUUCACCUGCAUAAACCUAAUAAAGAUACAAAGAGAAAAUGGCAAAAUACUUGUGGGACAAACACACUAUCUUUUGGCAAAAAUCUCUUUGAUCUUCUUUGAGGCAUUAGCCCUCUAAAAAUAAUCAAUAAUAUUUUUCAAUGUCUACGAAUACCAAUAUACAUACAUGUCGCUUAUAGAUUUUAUUUAUAAUUUAUUCUGUUAGUAUACCAAGUAUCUUUAUUCCUGGCAAGCGGGGAAGCAAAAGUUCAAGGAUGGGCAGGACGAAAACAAAUGGAAAGCUUUAAAUUAGCUCAAUAAAUUGUAAUCUUAUACAUUUAAUCGGAUCGUUGUUAAAUGCAAUGCAAGUACGUCAAAGACAUGGACUCACACACCUCAUUCAGAUUUGUAAGAUUUGCAUUUCGGUCUAGGAAUCAAUUUCGUAUUUGACCAGCCGUCAGGUCGCAGAGGCUAAACACAUUCAAAUUUAGGCAAGGAAACCGCAAAGGAUACUUAAUAAUAUAAACAAUCAAGCAACACAUUGUACUUAGUAAUUGCAUUUAACAUGUGGGGCGGAGAAUAUUUACUAGGUUCGCAUAAUUGAUUUAACUGCAUGCUUAUAAAAAUAACGAAAGUAAAGGGGAUAUUAACUGAGUGGAGGUGAAGAGACCUAAUUGAAACAAUAUAACUAAUGUGUGUAAUUACGGCUAGCUAAGUGUAAAAAUUUAAGCUGAAUUAUUAUACAACCAACUACAAUCGAAGCAAGUAAAUUGAUGUAAUUGAAAUACUCGUAACGUUUUAGGGCAAAAUACCAAUGAAUAAUGGGCGAUGACACAGGUUCAACUCAAACACGCAGCAUGAAUAAAUUAAUGAAUAACGAAAUUAUUUCUCGAGAAAAAAUCAAACUUUUUAGCCUUUGAACGAGAGACUUUUGGUGCCCAAUCCAGUUUGAGCAAUUAUUUACAAGUGAAUACCAAAAAAAAGUAACGAAACACAAAGAAAGACACUCACUCAGCAGAAGAGCCACACACACAGCAUACGUAUUGUAAAUAGAACAACAAACCAAAUGAGUAAAUACCAAGUAGGUACAUAAAUUAAUAAUGUAAAAGGCUUAUCCCAAGUAAAUCAACAUUAAAUAAAUUAACAACGGAAACGGAAAUCAAACAAAAACAGGUAAUACUUCAACUUGUGUGCAAGGAAUCAACUUUUACUGUUAAUUGUUGCUGGCAAUGCAAAACGCAGAGCCAACCGAAAAACAAAAAACAAAAAACCAAAAACGAAAAUUACAAAAAUAAACCAUGAAAAAUGCAAAACAAAUAUAUUUAAAAAUACAUUUGAACGCCUUCAGCGUUUUAUUCAUCAAGCAAGAAAUGUUGAAUCGAAAGAAAAAGUCAAACAAAAGCCAUACAAGCGAUAAAUCAAUUUGUGUCACCUGUGUAGUAAGUAUAUCUCAGUAUUUGUAACUGAAAUUGAAAAAGCGUUGAGGUGCAGGCUUCAACCACGGCGACAACAAGAAAAAUCAAAUGAAAAUAAACUGAAUUUACAAGUG